AUGGAGACUGUCUCACACUGUGUACUUACAACACGAGAACAAUGUCCACAGACGCUGUCUAACAUGCCCUUUCUCGGUGCUGCAGAGCGUAUCAAAUUCCACGAAAUUCUGUCACUGACUAUUCUUCGCCUCAGCCCUCUGCGCGAAAAACCAAACAGGAUCUUCACCUGCUACUCACCAACAAUGAAGCUGAUGAAUCCGUUUUAUGAGAAGCUGGAGGAAGUGAGCAGCAAUGAAAUCUUCUACAAAUUCAAUGUCGGGGACUUCAACGAAAAACUAGGAAAGGCAACAAAAGAGAAAUACAGGAUCGGAAGAUUUGGAUUAGGGGACCGGAAUGAAAACGGCAAUAGUCUCUCCGAGCUAUUGUCCGCCGCACGCUUCUUUCAUGGAAACACUCUUUUCAUUAAAAAAAAGAUCAUCGUCGCUGGACAUGGGAAUCGCCCAAUGGUGCGACUCGUGCGGAGAUCGACCGCAUACUCACCAACCGGAGGUGGUGUCUACUUGACGUCUCAGUAG